UGUGGGGAGGGGGUUUCUUUUAUUUCCCUCCCCAUCCCCGUCCAAAAAAGAAAAGGGAAAAAAAGGCGGUGGGGGGGGCCCUUGUCCCACCUAUGUCCAUCUUGUUUAGGAACAGUUUGGCGCUUAGGUAAAUGUAGCCAGCAGAUUCCAAGGGGAUUUGGCCCCGCCGCUAACUGGGAGGAAAAGCCACGGCGGGGCCGCAUCCUGCUGGGAAAAAUGCAUGGCCCUUUAUUUGGGGCGGGAGGCGCGGCCGGGCGGCCGGGCUGGGGGCUUUGCAGCGCGAUGCAGCUGCUGUGAAUGUGCAUUCGGUUGAGGGCGGUUAGCCAUUAGCCGAGCUCCAUAGCGGUGAAUUGUGGGAUGCCUGAGAAGCAAGCAGAAAGCACACACACAAUAUGUGUUGGCUCGCAAAAAAAAAAAAAAAGAGCGAGCGAGCGAGGAGGCAGGAGGCUUUCAAAACCCAUGUAAUGUAGCCAGCCCAAUGUGAGCAGAGGAGCUCGCCUUUCGCGGCCAGGAGACGGUCGGGCACCGAACAGCGAUGUCUUUCAAAGAGAUCAAGGCAGGAGAAAAAGCCAAGCACCCCGAAGACCAUGGCAAAAAGCAGAGUUCAAGUGAGAUGGGUUGGAUCAACGGAAUGGAGAGCAGCUCCCAAGCAAGCACCUCUGCCGAGAAAAAAAACCACCAUUGGAAAAGUUACAAGUUGAUUAUUGACCCAGCUCUGAAAAAAGGACAGCACAAACUCUAUCGUUACGAUGGGCAGCAUUUUAGCAUUCCUAACCCGGGUCUUGCCCCAGUGGAUUGUGUCAGAGAUCCAAGGAUAGGGCGAAUAUGGACCAAAACGAAAGAGCUGGAACUCUCUGUCCCUAAAUUUAAGAUUGAUGAGUUUUACGUGGGGCCGGUUCCUCCCAAACAAGUCACUUUUGCCAAGUUGAAUGACAACAUCCGUGAAAACUUCCUGGCUGACAUGUGCAAAAAAUACGGUGAAGUGGAAGAAGUGGAGAUCCUCUACAACCCUAAAAACAAGAAGCACCUGGGAAUUGCCAAAGUGAUCUUUGCCACAGUCAAAGGAGCCCGGGAUGCAGUGCAGCAUCUACACAACACAUCGGUCAUGGGCAACAUCAUCCACGUGGAGCUGGAUACGAAAGGUGAAAAACGCAUGCAUUUCUAUCAACUUCUUGUGAAUGGACUCUACACUCCUCAGACUCUACCUGUGGAGAAUGAGCCGGACGUAUCGCCCACCGUGAAUGAAACUGUGCAGCUGGCUGAAACUCUGAAACAAUUAAAAGACAACAGUGCUUCUUCUGUGGGAUCAUCAGCUACCCCAAACAGUGGUACCCCAUUUUCCCAUGAUACCGCCUUUUCCAGUUGUCGGCAAGAUACCCCAAACUCUUACAGCCAAUUCACUCCUCAGUCUCAAGGAACCCCUCUUACCCCACGCCUGGGGACUCCAUUUUCCCAAGAUUCUGCGUACUCUAGUCGUCAGACAACACCUGCGUACCACUUUAGUCAGGACUCUGGGUAUAAACCCAGAAGACAUGAAACAAAAUUUACAGAUGCUUAUAACAGACGCCCAGGCCACCAUUAUGUUCAUAAUUCAGCUGGUGUUUUCCGAGGGUCAGAACAUCAGUUCAGUGCAUUCAAAUCCCACCCUCAAGAGGCUGUGCAAUUUUCCCACACUCCUCCUUUGAGCCACACAGGUUCUUCGACUUUCAAGUCCGCUUUCUCCCCCUACCAGGCACCCACAACGUUUCCCCAGCCUGAAGAGCCGCAGUUUCCCCAAACUUCUAGGGAUGCUGAGUACCGUCGGCCGCCACCAACACCAACGGAGAUGGCAGUUGAAAGUAGCGCCACUGCCACUGUUGACUUUGUUCCUGUGAAGGACAAACCUGAGGAGCCCCCAGCCCCACCUGAGCCCAACAGUCUCAAUGAACCACCUGUGGUACCCUUCACACAGACUCCGGAAAGGAGCGAGACCCCAGGCACCCCAACCACAGAAUCUGAAAUUCAGCACAACAGUUUGGACUCAAGAAUUGAGAUGCUCUUAAAAGAGCAGAGAACAAAGCUAUAUUUUCUCAAUGAGCAUGACUCGGACAAUGAGAUUAGAAUGGAAGGUAGCCCCAUCUCCUCCUCCUCCUCCCAGCUUUCUCCAAUUGCAACAUUUGGUUCCAACUCUCAGCCCAACUACAGAGCACAAACCCCUUCCUCGCGUCCUUCCAGCACAGGCUUGGAGGACAUUAGUCCAACACCAUUGCCGGAUUCUGACGACGAGGAGCCAAUUCUUGGAAUAACUUCUCUCUCUCAGAAUUCGAAAGGAAUGCCUGAUGCUAGCCUGACUCCCCUCGACCAGCUGAGUAGGACUUCCAAAACAGAGUCCUCUGAACCUAAAGAAAUGUUGCCUGAUAACGAUAGUCCGACUCCAGAAAAAAUGGAAGAGUGUCAUCAGUCUUCAGGGGAAGACAUGGAGAUCUCCGAUGAUGAAAUGAACCAAUCUCCAAGCACAGAAUGUGCCAAAAACAUUGUGGUGAAUACUUCUGUUGGCAACUCAGCUGUGAUGGCUCCCUCAAUUCCUAUGCCUCCCCAUGGUUUUCCUCCCCUGCCUCCCCCACCCCCACCCCAGCCGGUCUUCCCAAUGCCCCCUCCUCCGCCUCUCCCUCCCCCGCCUCCCCCAACUCACCCCGCAGUCACUGUCCCUCCUCCCCCCCUUCCAGCGCCUCCUGGGGUUCCUCCCCCUCAUAUCUUGCCUCCACUUCCUCCGUUCCAUCCUGGGAUGUUUCCCCUCAUGCAAGUAGAUAUGAUCAGUGUCUUGGGCAACCAAUGGGGAGGCAUGUCAAUGUCUUUUCAAAUGCAAACCCAAAUGCUGAGCCGCUUGAUGCAAGGGCAGAACACUUACCAGUACCCCCCGUUCAUGGGGAACCGGAUGCAGUUUGUCAACCUUCCUCCCUACCGACACUUUUCCAUGGGAGCAGCUAUCAACCGCGGACAGCAGUGGCCCCCUUUGCCCAAGUUUGACCCCUCGGUUCCUCCUCCGGGUUACCAGCCCAAGAAGGAAGAUCCGCAUAAGGCCACUGUGGAUGGUGUCCUCUUGGUGAUUGUGAAGGAACUUAAAGCAAUAAUGAAGAGGGAUUUAAACCGGAAGAUGGUGGAGGUGGUGGCCUUCAGGGCAUUUGAUGACUGGUGGGACAAGAAAGAGCGUCUGGCAAAGGCAUCACUUACUCCAGUAAAAUCUGGAGAACAUAAAGAUGAGGAGAAGCCAAAACCAAAGGACCGCAUCACAUCUUGUCUUCUGGAGAACUGGAACAAAGGAGAAGGGCUGGGUUACGAGGGGAUUGGCUUGGGCAUUGGGUUACGCGGGGCCAUCCGGUUGCCAUCUUUCAAGGUGAAGAGAAAGGAGCCACCUGAAGCUGCCUCAGCUGGAGACCAGAAGAGAAUCCGUCCCUCUACUUCGGUAGAUGAUGAAGAUGAAGAAUCAGAACGAGAUCGAGACCUGCCGGAUGCAGCCUCAGACCUCUCCAAGAAAGAUGGCGAAGUGGUCGGCCUCAGGAGGAGACCCGGAAGGCCGCUGGAACUAGACAGUGAAGGAGAAGAGGAGGAUUCAGGCAAGGAGGAGGAAACGUCUUCUGAAAAGGAGGCCGAGCAGGAGGAAGAGGAAGGGGAAGGGGUGAUGAAAUCUGUUUCUGACAAGGAACAGGAGGAAGACCUCAAUGAAGAGGAAGGGGAGGAAGAAGAUGAAGAUGAUGAUGACGAAGACGAUGAAGAAGAAGAAGUUGAAGCAGAAACAAGUGGAAAGGAAGAGGAACAAGAUUCUGAAGAAGCAGAAGAUGUAGGAAGUCCUGCUUCCUCUGGAGCAGAGAUUGAGUCAUCUGAUGAAAGUGAGGAAUCCUCAGAAUUUGGGACGAGCUCUGAUUCUGAUGAAGACGAGGAGGAGGAGGAGGAAGAGGAAGGGGAAGAGGAAGAGGACUAUGAGGAGCAGGUGGAAGAUGAAGAAAGAGUGUCUCUGCAGCAAGAAACAGAAGCCCUGCCUACCCAGCUGGCCCCUGAGUCUCUCACUCAAGAGGCUGAAGACGAUGAUCAGAAGGAGACCAUCCUGGAAUUGUUUCCAGUGGACGAUUACAUUGAAGGGACUCCUCUAGUUCUUCCGGAGCCUUUGAUGCCAGAAGGAGAGGAGCAGAAGGAAGAAGUCAAGCAUGCAGAGGAGGAAAGCGGGGAACUCCUCCCGCAGUCUGUGGCUGAAGUGCUGGUGGUGAUUGAGAGAGCCCAGGAGGAGAAGCUGCAGUUGUCACCAGUGGGCGUGCCAGAGGAGGAGUCUGAACCCGAUGUCGAGCUGGAGCCUGAGGCGCUGGUCAGCCCACAGCCAGAGAGUCAGGAUGAAGAAAACCUCUGUCCACCAACGCCGGUGGGGCUUUUGGGAGACAUUUUGGCCAGCAGUACCUCCUUUUUCACCAAGCCGGACAACAACAUUUCUGAAGCCCCAGCAAAAAGCCGACAGUCCCGCUCAGCCGAGGAAGAGGACCGUCUCCCUUGGACUCCCGGAGGAGAGCGGCAGGCUCACUUGGAGUCUCCUGGGCUUCCGCUCAGUGCGGUGCCACCCUCUUCGCUUCCCCUCCCCUCAGCCACAUCUGGUAAAGAGGAGCCAUUCCUCCUUCCAGAGCAGUUCCCGGAUCAGUUAAGCAUGACCAAACCAGCUCUGGAAGAAGAGCUCCCUCGGACUCCUGGACGGGACAUUGCAGCCAAGUGCUCUCACACUUUCUCCAAGUCCCAGAGCACAGACACUGUCCCAGCCACCCCUGGCAAUGACGCUCCUCUCACAGGAAGCAGCUUGACCUUAAGUUCCCCUCAGGUCCCAGGAAGCCCCUUUUCCUACCCAUCCCAGUCCCCCGGGAUCAACAGUGGCGGCAUUCCUCGGACUCCGGGGAGGGAUUUCACUUUCACCCCGACUUUCCCAGAGCCUGGUGCUACCCUUCCUUGCCUUUCGUCAGGCAGGAAGCCCUCUGAAGACGAACCUGAUGAGAAAGUCUUUAAAGAACCUCUUGGUGCUUCCUUACUGGCUGGCAUGAACAGUGUUCCCUCCCCCAUUCCCUUUGCCAGUCCACCUGUCCCAGCUUUCCUUGCACGUCUCGACUUGCCCCCUAGCCAGCCAGUACCUCUUGCUGCUCUCCCCAGCUUUUCUGUGGACUCAAAGAUGCCUCUAGAGGAGUACACCACAGAGGCACGGCCCCUUUUGCCCUACCCAGAAGUCUCUGUGGCUUCCCCUCCUCUCCUGCCUCAGCCUCCCUCCUCUGUCUUGCCCAUCAAAAGGAAACCAGGGCGGCCGAAACGAUCCUCUCCUUUGGGCCCUAUGUUGGAUGCCUAUUCUGGCAAGCCCAUUGAGCCUCCUCUUCUUCCCAUCCCAGUUGUCUUGACUGAAAGUGCUGUGAGCAAAGAUUUGUUGAGUAGCCACCCAGAGGCUUUCUAUGCCCUGAAAGAUCCGGAAGCAGUGACCCUGGAUUUCCGGAAUGAAGGCUUCCAUGACAAGCUCCCCCCAGAUGUUCUAGCUGAGAAGCUUCCCUUUAAGGAGCUGGAGAACCAGUGGAACGAGGACUUGAAAGAAGAAGAGGCCUACUUGAAAUCCAAAAGACAGUGGAGGCGACAGAAAAAGAGGCCGGAGGACGUUCCAACAAUUCCUUCCCCUGAGUAUUCCCCUCAUCAGUAUCACUUCAGGCCCCGCUCUGAGUUUGAGGAGAUGACCAUUUUAUAUGACAUUUGGAAUGGGGGCAUUGACGAAGAGGAUAUCCAUUUCCUGUGUGUUACAUACGAUCACUUGUUGCAGCAAGACAAUGGCAUGGACUGGCUCAAUGAUACCCUUUGGGUAUACCAUCCUCCAACCAGCUUUUCUACUCCAAAGAAGAAAAAACGGGACGAUGGGAUGCGGGAGCACGUCACAGGCUGUGCCCGCAGCGAAGGCUACUACAAGAUCGACAAGAAGGACAAACUGAAAUACCUCAAUAACAGCCGUGCAUUUGCAGAGGAGCCUCCUGCCGACACGCAGGGAAUGAGCAUCCCUGCCCAGGUGCACGUUUCCACCCGGGCUGGCUCCGAGAGGAGGUCCGAGCAACGCAGGCUUCUGUCCUCCUUACCCGGCAGUUGCGACAGUGACUUGCUCAAAUUCAACCAGCUCAAGUUCCGGAAGAAAAAGCUAAAAUUCUGCAAGAGUCACAUUCACGACUGGGGACUCUUUGCAAUGGAGCCCAUUGCUGCUGACGAGAUGGUGAUUGAGUAUGUGGGGCAGAAUAUCCGGCAGGUAAUUGCUGACAUGCGAGAGAAGCGGUAUGAGGACGAAGGCAUUGGCAGCAGUUACAUGUUCAGGGUUGACCACGACACGAUUAUAGAUGCAACAAAGUGUGGAAACUUCGCCAGGUUUAUUAACCACAGUUGCAAUCCCAACUGCUACGCUAAAGUCAUCACAGUGGAAUCUCAGAAGAAGAUUGUCAUCUACUCGAAGCAGUACAUCAAUGUGAAUGAGGAAAUUACAUACGACUACAAAUUCCCCAUUGAGGAUGUAAAGAUCCCCUGUUUGUGUGGCUCCGAGAACUGCAGAGGGACCCUGAAUUAAAGCCCAAGGUUUUUGCCGCGUGGUGGCUGUGUCCAAACUGUGGUAGCCGAGGGUGGUUGCACUUUUGCCAAAAAAAAAAAGUAAGAAAAAAGAGAGAUGAGGUGGAAGAAGGAAAAUGAGGAAGAGACAGGGGAACCUAUAUGGCACUUUCUAUCCUUCUGUCAGGAGAAGUGCAAAUUGAAGACACGCACACUAGGACUCUUCAAGCUGCAGGUGCUUUUCAUCUUCAGAUUCACAACCCCACCUCUCUCCACCCCUUGUGAUAGUUCCCCUUACUCAGUGGCACCAUAAAUCAAAACACUCUCUCUUCUCCCCGCCUCCUCUGCUCGCUCCUUUAUGGUGUAGCUCUCAUGGGUAGAGCAAGGUACCCUUAUUAUCCUUUAAACACGUUCCUCUCUCCAUAAAAUGCUGCUACCUUUUACUCAUUAGUUUUGUCUUGUGGAGGGUCAGGAGAAAGACAUUCAAAAAAUGUGAAGCAGAGACUAAAGACACAAGAGGCCAUGAGUUGAAUGGAAGCUGGCUGGGAUCGCCUGCAGAGAGCGCUGGGACACCGACGUCAAGCGGAGGCUUUCUCAAGCAGGCGGGGAAUUCUGUCUGGGUCUGCGAUGCACAAAAGGACAAACCUCCUCCCUUCUGUGGAUCAGAGUUGUGGUUGAUGUUGUCACCUUGGUGCCCCCCUGGGAUUUCUGCACACUGCUGGUCCUUGUGGGGGAGGGAGGGGGAACUAUAGCUUUAGGAACCCAAUAACGAACCCACUUCCCUUUUCUUUUUAAAAGCAGAGCUGGAUCCCUUCUCUCCCCCCCCUCCCAAAUUUCCCUCUCUAUUGUAGCACUUGCUAUGCUGUAGAAACUGUUGGUUUGGCAGCCCUCUGAGUGUGCUCCACCAAGCCCUGUUUCCAUACGUCCUCCACACACUUGAGGCUUGCACAGGAAACCAGGGCAAACAUCUCCCUCCCCUCCAAAUGCAUAGAGGCUGUGCAGAUGCCAAGUGGGGGGUGAGCUGGGACAAGAUCUGUCCUCCCCAAGUCAGUGGCUGCUUUUAUCUCCUUGGUUUUUCACCCUCAUCAUCCCAUCCCCUUUGGCAGAAUGCUCUUGUCCUUAAAUGACAAUCUUUUAGGUUUCUUCCUUCCCAAGUACUGAAGAGACUUCUGACAAAAGAACCAGGUCCUGCCUGCCUCAGCCGAGUGGAGCCUAGUCCUCAUUUAGCUCAGUUUGGUUGAGUAAGGCAGGGAGGGUCCCCACGGGGUGUGGAUGUUUGUGUGUGUGGUUUUUUUUGUGUGUGUGUGGAGAGCAACUGUUUUAUGGCCUGAGAAAGCAGCACUUUUUUGUGGUCAAAGCUUAUUUUCAGUAGCAAGCAGAUUUCUUGGUCUGACUACAUCCUCAUUCUCAAAUGCCUGUCCUAUAAUUAUGUAGUGCUUGUUUGCACUGGAGAGAUUAGUGGGGGUUCUUCUUUUUGAUUAAAACCCAAGCAAACAUUGCAGCAAGAAAAGUGUGUGGGGUGUGCCUUAAAAAAAAAAAAUAAUUAGUCUCAAAACUCUUAAAAGAGUGUUGAGUCGGGCAAAUAUUGAAAUAUAUGUUCAUCUCCAGUACUCCUCAGUCUUUUGCUCCUGGAUUAAAUUUACUGGACUUUAAACUUGGCUGUACUAAGAAUUAAUUUCCCAGAGAAAAAAUAGGAACCAGAAGAUGCACAGAUACUCUCUGUCAGGCCUUUUGCUUCUUUCCACAGCACCCACACCUAGUUACUCUGGCAUUUUGUGUGUGGUCUUGAUGGCUUCCAUAGUAAGGCAGUGGAAUUUUGCUUGCAAGCCUCUUCUAGUUAUAUCCUACAUCUAAAAGUAACAUCUAAAAGUCGGCGGCUUUCCGCCCUUUGAGGUUCAGAAGCCAAAAGGAAGAAGCAAGCCUGGUGUGUCUUUCUGGGCAAAGCGGCUCUGCUGGCCUUGUGGGUUGAGGAGCUUGAACAAACUCUGGCCAUUGAGUACGGAGGACCAUGUGUGCAGUUGGUUAGAUUAUCCCAGCCUUCCCCACCCAACCUGGGGCUCUUCUGUUAUUUUGGACUACAGCUCCCAUUGUGGUCCAAAACUGGAGGGCAGAAGGUUGGCAGUGACCUUGGUUCUUUUGCCAGUCCCCCUGCUUCCUUACAGGUUCUCCUUGGCAUGUCUUUGGUGUGGCUUUUUAAUGCUUCCAACCUUUUGAGAAAGCCACAUCCAUUUCAUGUAACACAGAACAUAGUAAGCAAGCUGCCUUAUCUACAGGCUCCCACCCUUUCCCAUACUCUCUCUCAUGCCAGGAGUGUAAUCCAGCAUCUCCUGCAGAAACACCAGCUGGAAAUGUAGGUGAGGGCAUGUGCAGGAAAGAUGCCUCAUGCGGCCUCUCUGUAUUUAUUAACCCUGCAUAUUUUUGUGUGUGUUAAACAAAUUGUUUUCUUAAGGAAGUACAGCAAUACUAAAGCUACUCGUAUCAGCAUGGUUCUGCUGGAUAGCCUUAGCUUGGAACUUGAAGCAACUUCCUGGCAUAGAAGUUGUGACUACACACACACACACACACACUUUCAAAAGUGUUUUCUUUCAUAUACACAAGUGUGUAUAUACACAAGCGUGGUCGAAAUUUUUAAAUUAUGACUGCUCCAGAUCCGGUUAUUCUCUUGUUCCUUGAAAGGCUCUGCAUUGAAGGGAAAUAAUUUUGGGGCAAAGGUGAUCAGCUUCUCUCUCCCUGCUCCAAACGAGGGGAGGAUUUUUAUGUUCCUUAAAACAAGAGAGGCAGAUCUCUGGAAGGAAUAACGGCUCCAGUCUAAGUCUAGAGAUACAAUCCUGAUCCUACAAGUCUCCACUCUAACCCCAGCCACCCAAGAGCAGUGCCAAAGUCUCGUCGGCCCACCCACAAGCCUUGACUCAUCCACUCCAAAUGGAGGGCCGGGCAAGGUGGGUGGGGGAUUCAACUUGACUUUCAUUGAGUUUUCACACUGGUAUUAUCUAGCAAAUAGAAAUGAACUUUCCUGUGCUUUCAAUCCCAGCCUGCUUGGUUUCAUACAAUCAUUUUCCCUGACUCUAGUUUCCAGUUUCAGAUUAAAUCUUGGAAGGAGCCAGUGAUGUCUCACUCUGACAGAUAUUUAUAUUGUCAAAGCAGCUUAUUAAUACAAUGGGGGAGAAAAUAAUUUGUAAACUCUGAUGGAGAGCUGUUUCAGUUUUGUCGUUUGUGACCUAUUUUCAGGGAUCAUUUCAGUGCAUUUCUGUAUAAAAAGUUUUUUAAAGGGUGGGGGAGAUGAAAUUUUGACAUUUAAAAUGGACACAUCAUCUGUGCAUAGCAGCCGUUCAAACUCUUCUCUUCAAACACUGUUUCUUGUAGAAACAUGUUGAUUUUUGUUUUGUAUGUUUUUGGCUGUUUUCUUUGUACUUCAGAAGCAUGUAAAUAAUUUGUUAAAAGUGA